ACAUGCCAAAUGUCAAAUGUUGUUGUGGGUCAUUUUGUAAGGUUAAAAAAACGCAAGCAAACUAAUAAAAGUUCGUACAUUGCCGCUGUGUUUGGUGUAAAACUGCACACAAUUAAGUUCCAACCAUGUCGGACGUUGAAUUUAUAGACGAAACAAGACAGGACGCGCUGGAUGAAAGUGCCGAAAAGACAGACUCGGAAGAUGACGACUCAUCGGAAGGCACCAAUACGGAGGACGAAGACACCGAUGACGAUGAUAACGAUGAAUCGAUCGAAUCGAAGCACAUUAAAGAGUACAUCGAGAUUCUUACCAAAAUUGCUGGCGACAAGUACAACUACGACAACUAUGCAGAGCUGCUGGAAGUUGCACACCAAAUGAAUGAUCUGGAAAAGAUUCGCCAGAGUGCCGAAAUAUUUGCCGCCAUGUACCCACUGUCACCUGAGAUUUGGUUACGGUGGCUAAAGAUUGAAUCUUCCCUUGCGACAACGGACGAGCAGGUGGAAAAGGUCGAGAAGCUUUUCCAACGCGCACUCAACGAUUAUUAUUCUGCGGAAGUAGCGCUGGAGUUUGCCGAGCUGGCAAUGAAGACAAGCAGCAAGGAGAUUGCGGAUCGAAUCUGGAAUACGUUAAUUCCUACCUACGGGUUGCACACGGUAAAGGGAAGAUCCAUUUUCGAGGCUUACCGUGAAGACACGUUAACAAAGAAUGGAGAUUCUCCCGCAAGCUUCAAUCGGUUGGCACGGAUUUACGAGCAAGAGUUGAAGAUACCGCUGCGUAACAUGGAAGAUUCGUACAUCGAGUACAAGCUGCUGUGCGAGAAGUACAAGGAGGUAAUCACGGAUUUGGAUGCGGAAAAAUUUGAACGACGGUACAAGCAAGCGAAAGAAGCGCUGCAAAAAAUGCUUCCACACGAGACGGCCCUGUCUGCGCUUGAAGCACACUGUCACCAGGAGCGGGCCGAUCUGUACCGAAAAUACAUUGCCGAUUGUCAAUCGGUGUUGGACGACGAUGAGGUGCAAAUUCUGUACGAGCGUAUGGUCACCGAAUGCUGCCUGGAUGGGACGGUUUGGCAUGAUUACGUACGAUACCUUCAUCGAUGCCCGCCCGAUCCGGAAGAAAAUCCGACCUCCCCGGUCUUUCGGCAGACGGAAAUUGAUCUUGUAAAUCGAGCGUUGCGCAAUUGCACGUGGAGUGCGGAGCUGUACGUGGAGAAGAUGCGCAUAGUGGAGCGGCAGGCGAAACCCACUUCCAAAAUGACCAUUCUGAAGAUUAUGGAGGAUGUGGCGUCGGCCGGACUUCAAACGCCCGAAGCAUCGGUGAAGGUAUGGCUUGAAUAUUUGACGUACUUGCGUCGCGUGACUGACUUUACCAGCGAAAAGGAGCGGGACAUACUGCGUGCAAACUUUGAUCUGGCGUGGAACCAGCUGGGCAGGGCAUGGGGACUGUUGGCCGAUUCGCAGUGUAAGAUUCUGCAAUUUUGGGGCCGGCUCGAAUAUGAAGCGCUAGGCGAACCGAGCAAGGGACGCGAUCUGUGGUACAGCGUGAUGGAUAGUGCCGAUAAUUCAACCCGCGUUGGACUGUGGAUUGAAUUUAUCGAGUUGGAAGCAAAACGCGGCCCAGAUGCGGUGCGAAAGCUGUACAAAAAAGCUAUCACCUGCGCUGGAUUGGAUGAUCCAGAAACGUUGGCUGCCGCUUGGUUGCGCUUCGAGAGGUGUAACGGUACGCUGGACCAGUUGAUAAGCUGCCAGGAGCUAUGCAAUGCCACCAUCGAGAAGUACUACAGCACACUGUCCAAGAACGGACCAUCCAACCGGGCGGCCAAAGGAAAGCGACCGGAAACUGGGGGAACAAGCACCAAUAAGGAAACGAAACCAACACCCACAGCAAAGCGACAUGCAUCCUCGCUGGACGAAACGGCUUCGGAUGAUGCGUCGGGAAAGAAGAAAAUUAAACGAACCCAUGAAACGGGAUCGGUGGCUGCUGGCGAACAACAGCAAGAGUUUAAAACACCAGCCAUUCCAGCACUGGCGAACAGUUCGAAAACUAGUGACAACAAGCCUGAAGCAGCAGCAGCAGCAAAACAAUCCAACGUACCGGACGACGAUGGUGCGACCGAGUACAUUGCCAAAGGUGACCAAAGCCGGCAGGUGUUUGUCAGCAACCUUAGCUUCGAAGUGACGGAAGCCGAUAUAAGAGAAAUCUUUCCCGAGCUAACGAUCGAAUCGAUCGAGCUGGUUGCUUCCAGUUCGGGCAAAAGCCGCGGUUUCGGGUACAUGCAGCUUGCCCGCGCCGAUCAAGUACCGCAAGCGCUCAGCUACGAUCGGCGCCCGCUGAACGGGCGGCCAGUAUUUAUUUCGAAUGUGGCACGCGACAAGGCAAGCCGGCAGCAUCAGUUCAAGUAUUCGUCGGCGUUCGAACCGAACAAACUGUUUAUAAAAGGACUACCGUUCAAUUUGGGCCGCAAUGAGCUGGAGAAACUGUUUGCACCGUUCGGCCGCAUAAAGGACAUACGCAUCGUUUGCUACCGCAGUGGCAAAUCGAAGGGACUGGCGUACCUCGAGUACGAAACAGAUACGGCCGCCAAGAAUGCCGUGCUGAAGAUGGAUCAGCAUGUGAUCGAUGGGUUUACGAUUACGGUUGCCAUUUCGUCGCCGCCACCGAAGAAGAAUCCAACCGCAACGGAACCUAACCUGGCCGGGGGAGAUAGCGGCGAGAGGGCCAGCUUCAGUCUCGGUUCCGGCAAGAAGCAACUGAUCAAAGGGGACGUGAAGCAAAAGUUAUCGGCCAUGAUUCCGACCGCCGUCAUGAAGAAGAGCGCAGCUACCGUAUCGUCCAGCUCCGACGAGAAGCCUAAAUCGAAUGACGAUUUUCGGAAACUCUUGUUAAAGUAACAGCUCAGCCUCUCACUGUCCCGAUUUGGACUGUUUGGAUUGUUUGGUUUGUGUCAGUACCGCCUCACGGUACUUUCUUUCAAUCUCACUCCAAGCUUCAAUCUUUUUUCUACUUCGUAUGAAAUACUUAUGCUGAUUUCUGAUGCUGCUGAUACAUGUUCCACAACUUUUCCUUUCCAUUGUCCUUCCGAUUCUUUCUAUUAUAGUUGUCUUGAGUAACAAUCCACAUAACAGCUGCUUUUCCAUACAUGUUUUUUUCUCGUAAUGGUAGAUUUUCUAUUUUCAUCGCCGUAAAACGCGUGUCGCUGAUGAGGCACGCCACGUGAAUUUUGAAAAUAAAGUUGCUUGUAAACACCAACA